AUGGCCCCAAAAGGCACAAAGCACAAGCAAAAGCUAUUGAAUGCGAAGAAGGAUCGACAACUGCGACAAAAGAUGGAUGACCUGGACGUUGCCGAUGGCGCUGCGCAAGACACCGUGGCUGAUGUCACGAAGCCUGAGACCACCAUCACGACCACCAAGUACCCACUCCUCGAGAAAUGGGAAGAACUGGAAGCGGCAGAAGCUGAAGAGAUCGCUCACAAACACAAACAUACCACUGGGUGGUUGUUGCCUGAGUCCUUGCCAGUUCUGGUUCAUGUCGCAGCUCCCAAUGCCGGCCGCUUCACACGGGAGGUGCAAUCCGACAUUGAGCUCAUGAAUUCCAUUGAAGCUGUGAAGGACCUCGUGAAGGACAGCCUCAUUUUUGAACUGAAGCGGACCAAUAUCGACGUCACCAAGACCCGGUUCGCUGGAUUGAUGGUGUACGGGCCGACCACCGAGUUUAAACCUGAAACCAUCAAGGGGUUCACGCGUGGUCUCUUCUUGCAAGAGGCCGCUUACAAAAAGUGGUGGCUCAGUGUAAGCAUGUCGCAGCGCAUACCCGGGGACAUGGUUAAGAUCGCGGUGGUCUUGUGGCAUCAAGACGAGGCUUCUGCAAAACAAGUCACCUUGCCAAACUUCUGGACUGAUGAGACCGCACGAGUCCUUGGAAAUCAUCUGGAGAAACUUGAGAUGCCCGCCUGGGAUCUCGAAAUUGAGAAAGGUUGUCGCGCCUAUUCGAAAAUGCAGGAACAAGUGUUGGAGGAAAGAGUCAAGAGAAUAGAGGCUGAAACCAAAGCAAGCAAAGAAGCUGAUUUGAAGAAGGAGUUGCAGAAGCAGAACGAAGAGCUGACAAUUCAGUUGGGCAAGCUGGAGCGGAGGGUCAAAUCACUGGUCAAUGCCAUCGAAGCGAACGAUAUGGAGAAAGCUGCUCGCCUUGUGGCCCAGUCGCAGAAAAGCAGCAAGAGAAAGGGCAAGGGCAAGGCUAACGACGAGGGAUUGAUCGACGAGGGUGAAGCCGCUGGUGACGAAGAAGAAGAGGGAGUUGAAGACCAAGACGUGGAGAUGGCGGAUGGCGGCGAUGACCCCAACGACAGCGAUUACGUUGAGGAGUGA